AGUGACCCUUGUGUACGAUUGACCCUGCCUUGUCCCCUGUCCUUGGCGUUUCAGUUCCUGCUGGACCAGACAGACGUCCUUGUGAUCGGAAUCAUCGGGCUGCAAGGAACGGGGAAAUCGACCGUCAUGUCUCUGCUCUCUGCCAACGCUCCGGUGGUAGACCAGAGGUCGUAUGUGUUCAGAGCCCAGACCCAGGAGAUUAAGGAACGUGGUGGGAAUCAGACGAAUGGCAUAGAUUUCUUCAUUACCCAAGAGCGAAUCAUAUUCCUGGAUACUCAGCCCAUUUUGAGUCCUGCCGUGCUCGACCACCUGAUCAACAAUGACCGUAAACUCCCCCCGGAGUACAGUCUCCCGCACACCUACGUGGAGAUGCAGUCUCUCCAGAUGGCAGCCUUCCUGUUCACUGUGUGCCAUGCAGUUCUUCUGGUCCAGGACUGGUUCACUGACCUCAACCUGUACAGGUUUCUGCAGACAGCGGAGAUGCUGAAGCCUUCCACUCCCUCGCCCAGUCACGAGUUGAGCGGUGGCCCGGGGUCUGAGGAAGGCUCUGAAUACUACCCAAAUAUCACAGUUUUCCUUCAAAAUAAAGCCAGGCGGGAGGACUUCUGCCCUCGGAACCUCAAGAAGAUGCACACUGUCAUUGACAAACUGAUGUUGCACUCGCACCUCAAGUAUAAAGGUACGCUCUCCAUGUUGGACUGUAACAUCUUUCCCGGAUUGAGCAAUGACUUCCUAGAGUCGGAGGUCAACUUGUUUCUCCUUCCGGUGAUGGAGAACGAUGUGGAGGAAAACCUCGUCAGAGCUGGGACUGGAGGGAUAUCUCUGUUCUCACUGCUUCCAGGUUACAAAGGUCACCCCAGCUUCCAGUCUCUGGUGGGCAAACUGCGGAGCCAGAUCCUGUCCAUGUCCCGGCCUCAGCUCUCGCACACCAUCCUCACCGAGAAAAACUGGUUCCAUUAUGCCGCUCGGAUCUGGGACGGAGUGAAGAAAUCUUCGGCGCUCUCGGAGUACAGUCGCUUGUUGUCCUGAGGGGGGGGCGGGGUGGGCACACCCUGGUGAAGUCCCAUGUUGAAGACUCCCAAGUGAGAAUCCCCUCCCGGCCGUUGGUGGAGGGGUGGGGGUGUGCAGCGUGCGCGGAGUGAUCGGACUCUCUCUGUGCUGCCAAUUCUGAGCUUAGCGUUCCCAGCUUUGAACCUCCUCCGGAGCGUGUUCCCAUCGGCUCCUGGAACCUCCCCACUCUCCCCCCCACCCCCCCCCCCCCCCCAACCCUGGAGUUGUGACUACAGUUUUGUUGGAACUGAGCAUCACAGAGUGGUGGGAUCCCACAGCCUUUGGACGGGAUCCCUCCACUUUCGGCCACGUUCCCAAUCCCAGGAUGUGGAGGUGCUCCCGAGGGAGGGAGGGAGGGAAUGGCGUUGGGGGUUGGCGGGGUUGAGGGGUUCGGGGGCUGUUACUGACUUCUCGGGGAACUGUAUGCUGAUGCCAGUGGGUAGUGGGGACCUUAAGGAAGCUGCAUCUCAAUGCCAAUUUGUGCUGUUCGACCAGGAUCACUUCGUCCUUUGCAGCGAGGAGAGCAUGUGGGAGGGGGUGCGAAAUGAAACUGUUCUCCAUUUACCCCCCCCACCCACCCACUGGGGCAAUGAUAGCCUCGAUCUCUGCUCUGACAGAUGUGGCGUUCCUGAGAUGGCUUGCAGACUGAGGGCUAGGAGGAGCGAGGAAUCUAUCGGGAAGGAACGGCCUCUGUGGGCCGGGCUGGAGGCCAUUCGGCCCCCUCCUAGCCUGGUUCAUCGACCAUUCCUUCGCUCCACAACUCUUAGCCCGUGCCCCAUUGAUCAGUCUCCCUUUCUUUUUCCAAUUUUCCUGAAACUCCCCCCCACUUUUCUCUCCUGGGGGCGGUGGCACGGAGACAGUUUGAGAUCCCACCCCUCCCUCACACCCACUUUCCUGAUGUUAGCCUCACCUCCCCACCCCCCCACCCCCAAAUCCCAAAAUGAGCAGCACAGCUGGGAAUUUGAAGGGUCUGGCCCUUGGUGUGGACUCUCCUUGCUCAACAGCGGAGACAGAGUCACCAGGGGCAAACGAAAGAACGAACCUCUUGUUGGUUUUAGACCAGGGAGAAAGGGGAUACGGGGGAACAGGAGCUCCGAGACGGAGCGAAGACCCCCAAACACUUUGCCCACCCCGUGCCAGUCAGAGCCAGCACCCUAUCAGAGAGCAGUGUGUUAGCGGAGCUCCCUGCGCUGUGCUAUCACUGUUAACCCUGUGGGUCAUACUGAAGCCGUUGAUGUGGUUAGUUUCGGUGUGGGGUGAAGGUACAUGUGUUCUCCCAGUUUCUGCCUGUUCGAGCAGCGCGAUCUAUUAAAGUCAUCAUUUCAGUUUGUGGCACCAAAA